AGAACACCAUCAAUGCCAAAUUGACCAUAAACGGAGCGGAGACUUGUCGAGGCCGAAGCAUUAUGGCAAAUUUUUACUCAACUCAGCGAGUUGUGCCCAAUAUUCUUCUGACGGGAACACCUGGUACUGGGAAAUCUACUCUAGGCCAAGAGUUAGCUCAGCAGCUUGAACUUGAUUAUAUCAAUGUUGGUGAUGUGGCCAAGGAAAAAGAACUAUAUGAAGGCUGGGAUGAAGACUAUGAAUGUCCAAUCUUGGACGAAGACAGGGUGAUAGAUGAACUAGAGGAAGACAUGAAAAAUGGCGGGAAAGUGGUGGAUUAUCAUAGUUGUGAAUUUUUCCCAGAGCGUUGGUUUGACCUUGUCUAUGUCCUUCGUACAAACAACUCAAUUCUGUUCAACAGACUUGAGCAGAGAGGUUAUUCUGGCCGCAAGCUUGAAGACAACAUCCAGUGCGAGAUCUUCCAGACCAUCUUGGAGGAAGCAUCCAGCUCUUACUUACCUUCCAUCGUCAGAGAGUUGCCUAGCAACACACCCGAGGACAUGGAGACAAACAUAAACACCAUUGCGGAUCACAUCCGGCAGUGGAAGGCGUCAAAGAGAUGAGACAUAUCCACUAUACAUCGUUUUUUGUUAUGUCAUCAUAUCAUGUCUGUAUAAAGUAUGUGCUGAUAUUGCAUGUGCAUUUCUACUUUCUUAUGUAUUUAAAAAAAAAUAAAAAAAACAAUUACCAUAUGUAGUAUUAACAUCUUCAGGACUAUUUAAAGCUGCAUCAGCUGAAGAAGCCAUGUCACUAUUAAAUACAGAUCAAUGUUUCCUGUCUGUAGUCCAAUAUUAACUGUUCAAACCAAUCUUUGAGGAGAGAUGGAACGGACUUGUGGGCACUGUUUGAGGAGAUUUAGGUCAAGAGUUCCUGUCUUCAGUCUAGUAUUAAUCUGUUACCUACUGAAACUAGGUUACCUUUGUACAAAUCCUAUGGGUAGUUCAAUUCAGCAGUCAAUGAGUUAACUGAUUCCACUUAAAGACAGAUUAGAAGGUUCCUAUUAUGCUCUGUUUGAGGAAUAAAUCUUAGAAAGUGUACCAACUACUUUUUUUGGUAACAACUUUAUCUUUUGCGAAAGCAGAAAGGUGAGAUUCCUCAACUUAUGAAAGAGCAGUCACAGUAAAAGCAUCUUGUCGUGCACACCUACAAAAUAAUUCUCCCAUUUUUGAGAAAUAAAAAGAUCAUGUUUUCCCAUUGUUGUCUUAUGUUUGUAGUGUCUGGAAAUCAAUGGUGUUCGUAGCUAUUAAUAUUAUUUAGUUACAUUCAGGGAUUUCACCAGGUGUUUUUUAGCCGACAAAAAUGUUUUCGCCCAACGCCUUGCCUCUGGAGGUCUUGAGAAGAAAUCGAAAGAAAACAUGUAUUUUGGUCGAGAUGGCCUUGCUUUUUGGGGUGAUGACCUUCUUUUCUUUUUUUUUGCUUGUCAAAUUUUCCAGCCCCUGGUCCCCCUUACCUUUUGGGAGAGAUUUCCGCCCUUGCCUACAUGUAAUUAUGCUCUUUCUAGAUUAGUUGAAAUCUCCCUUCCCUUUGAUACUCAGAUAAUGCUUGAAGUGAAUUAUGUAGCAGGAAAAGUAAGAAGAAAUAAUGUAUUUCUUGAAAUUUAACAAACAUGUUUUUGACGUGGCAAGGCACCAUGGGUCAUAUUAAAAUUGUUGUUGUUAAUAUAGACAAAGGCUAAUCCAAAAGUUGAAUGAAAACAAAAAAAUCAUAUUUUUUUAACAAGGUAAUAUCAGAUGAUAUCGUUGUUUGAUUCGGCACGAUGUUCAAAUCAGUCAUUUGUUGCAUAUUUCAUGAGGAUAAGAAAUACUUUUUAAGGUUUACCUUCUAUUUUACAUUUUACAAUAUUUAUUGGUUACCAGGCUAUAGCCAGCCAGUCAAAAGGUGUGCAAUUUUGAUGUUCAUCUGUGUGCCCAACUUGUUUGCUCACUAAUGGGCAACAACAUCUUGAUAGCAAUAUAUCACAAAAAGUAGGGGGGGGGUUUGGGGGUGCAUUUUGCGUCCAGGGCAUUGUACAUAACAACAUCUUGUAGUACGAAGCAUUUCAAUUGAUCAUGUCUAUCGACUUACAUUUAUCUUUUUAUGAAUAUAAUAUUAUCUGUAUUUCUUUUGCUCUUUAAUUUGUUUCUUUCAUGAUCAGUAGCCAUAGAGGAACAAUCCUUUUGUCAUUUUUUAAAUAGUUAAGUCCUUAAAUCAUUAUUUUUAGCUGAAAUAACUGUAUCUGUGGAAUAAAAUAUUCAGUGAAUGAGUUAACCGGGUGCCCAAUGCAGUUUUAUGAAAUUAUGUUUGAAUAUAACCAAAUUCAUUUCAGAUCACCAAUAUGAUUUUGUUAUUGGUUGCAUAUCAAGUUUUGUUUGAUUUGUUUGUAGUUGCAUUUGAUUGCAAAUCUUUUCCAAGAGUCCCCAGGGGCCCAUCUUACAAAGAGUUGCAAUUGAUCCGAGUAUGCAAAGCCAGCAAAGUCAACAUGUGAAAUGCAUGUUUGUUGAAAAAAAUUCUGAUAUGAAUGUAUAUUCAUUGAUUUCGUAAAAAUUUAGUGUGUUCUCCUGUGUUUAUAAAAGGCAUUUUUUUUAAUUUCCUGUAGAAAAAAAUUAUGACCCUGAUGGAUUUUCAUAGAGUUAGAAUUGAUUGGAUCAAUCGUAACUCUUUGUAGGACGGGGCCCAGAUGUAUUUGGAUACAUGUAUGUUUUAAUGCUUUUCUUUCUUCCUCAUCCAUUUCGUAUAAAAAUUGCUGUUUGGAUUGUUUUUAUUUAGAUUGUUAAUUACCAUUCAGAUGUACCGGUAAUCAAAUUGAAUAAAAGGGCAUUGAUUGGCUUAAU